ACAACUGUGAAGUGAACUGUCACUGUGCCUGCGUUUUACAAAAAAUAUAAAUUAAUGCAUUAAUUUUUAUUUACAGCUCUUAAUUAGUUUAUGAAAUUAUUCCCCAAAGUAUUGUUUUGAACCUAAGUUACUAUACUCUAACAUAGUUGCUUUGAAAUUUUACAUCCUGUUAGAUAGGCUAGGCCUAACUUGUUUUUGUUUUGAUUCACUGUCAUUGAGCUGAAAUGGACCGCUAUAUAAUUGAUGAAGUUCCCAAGUCAGUUUAUUACAUUCCCAACUUUAUCACAGAGUCUGAUGAAAAAUUAAUCAUCCAAAAAGUUAAUAAUGUGCCCAAGCCAAAGUGGACCCAACUUUCUAACAGAAGGCUUCAAAAUUGGGGCGGGAUUCCUCACCCUAAAGGAAUGAUAUCCGAAACAAUUCCUAGUUGGCUACAAGAGUUUAUAGAUAAAGUGGCAAAUUUAGAAGCAUUUGACAAGAAUGUGAAGCCCAACCAUGUGUUAAUAAAUGAAUAUCUUCCCGGACAAGGGAUCAUGCCUCAUUUCGACGGACCGUUGUUCUAUCCGACAAUAGCUACGAUCAGCUGUGGCUCACACACAAUUCUUCACUUCACCAAGGCUAAUGACUUUGAUGUUGUCAACAAUCCGAUUACUCAAGACUGCAAAAGAAUUUCUCUUUUACUCGAACCCAGGAGCCUUCUAAUCCUGCAGGACUCCAUGUACCACGAUUACCAACAUUGUAUUGAUGCAGUUGACAGUGAUGUGAUCAGUGACAGUGUAGCCAACCUUAGACAAACCGGAGAGAACUUCAUUGACGGACAAGUCUUAGAACGUUCAACUAGGAUAUCUCUCACAAUUCGCCAUGUGCCAAAAACAUCAAAGCUAAAAAUUAAUUUUGGAAGAUGACUUAUAAGAUUAAGUGAGAAGAUGAUUGCUGUAAAUAUAUCAUUUUUACUUUUGUUUACAUUUCACUGAAUCAUUUCCUUACUCAAGGUUUUCUCUCCAUCCAUCGUUAAUGUUACUAUUUUUUAGGCCUUUCAUGUUUGCUAAUGAAUUAAGAAAGCUAAAUUUUACCAUUCGACAUUAAGUUGUGAUUAUGUUCUGUGAGAAUUUGGACUGGAAAUUAUAUAUUGUUUGUUCGUUUGGACUAAUCAAUCUGUAACACAGUAAAACAAAAGUCUAACAAAUACUGUCUAGUGCUAAAUUCUAAUUCUAGAUUUGGAUACUUUAAUUUCAAUAAAUUUAAGA